GUCAUGUCUUGGUUAUCGAUAAUUCCCGCCACUUCUGAGCAUUGAGUGUAUUUUGCGAAAUAUUUGUUUACCAAUUGAAUAUUUUGGUAAUAAGAGCAUUCAGAGGAGUGGCAAGCGACAUGAGUGCCAGCAAAAAAGGCGGUUACAAGACGCCGCGGAAGGAGAACCUGAAGUCCAUUGAGAACCUCACGAAUUCGGAGGAGGAAUCCGAAGAUUUAGACACGGCACGGGUUGAGGACGCAGUGGAAUCCCAGUCCAAGGUCACCAGUCGGCGUUCCACGCGACGGCCAAGUCCCACCAAAAAAUACCAGGCCUACAAGGAGGAAACCAAUGGAAAAGGGCAGGAGGAGCGAAUUGUUGUCAAUUAUGUGGAAAUGUCCGAUGAACGGAGCAGUGAGGUGGAGGAUGUGGAACAAGAAGAAAGCCUCGAGGAGUCGGAGAAUGCAGCCCGUCCCAGUGCCAAGGAUCUCAAUCUGCUCCAAUCCGAGUACAAUGUGGCCGGCACCAGCAUGUUUGGCUUCAAUACGCCCAAGAAACGCGACGCCAUGGCUCUGGCCGCCCUAAAUGCCACGCCCUGCACGCCCAAGACUCCAAAAACUCCGCGUUUGGGACUCAAGACUCCGGAUACGAAGCGCAAGAAGUCCACGGAUCAGCCAAAGACUCCCGCCCAUGUGCGCACCCGGGUCAAGAAUCAGAUCGCCAAAAUAGUGGCCGACUCAGAUGAGGAUUUUUCCGGAGACGAAAGCGACUUCCGGCCCAGUGAUGAGGAAUCCUCCUCCAGCAGCAGUAGCAGCGAUGCUGGCCACACCUCCGACAACGACGCCGCCGAUGAUGAGCCCAAGACGCCCUGUAAAGCUCGCCGUGCCAUUGUAGUGCCCGUUCUGCCGAAGACUCCAUCGGCAGCCCGCCUGCGACAAUCGGCGAGGGCCAAGAAAUCGAAUGAGUUUGUGCCCGAGAGCGAUGGUUACUUUCACUCGCACGCCAGCAGCAAGAUCCUCACUUCGGAUCACACCUUGGAUCGUUUAAAGAAUCCUCGUCUGGCCGCCGAUCGUGUUUUCAGUUUGCUGUCGGAAAUCAAGCUAUCCACGGAGCAUGAGGGAUCUAUUAAUGCCAUCAUGGAGGAGUAUCGUUCGUACUUUCCCAAGUGGAUGUGCAUUCUGAAUGAGGGCUUCAAUAUACUCCUGUAUGGAUUGGGCUCCAAGCGCCAGCUGCUGCAGUCAUUCCAUCGCGAAGUUUUGCAGAAACAAACCGUACUGGUGGUGAAUGGCUUCUUUCCCAGUCUGACCAUCAAGGAUAUGCUGGACAGCAUCACAAGCGAUAUACUGGAUGCGGGCAUUAGCCCGGCUAAUCCACAUGAAGCAGUGGAUAUGAUCGAGGAGGAGUUCGCACUCAUACCAGAAACGCACUUGUUCCUAAUCGUCCAUAACCUGGAUGGAGCCAUGCUUCGCAACGUAAAGGCACAGGCGAUUCUAUCGCGCCUGGCGCGCGUACCAAACAUCCAUCUGAUGGCCUCCAUUGAUCAUAUAAAUACCCCACUGCUGUGGGACCAGGGAAAGCUGAGCAGCUUUAACUUCUCUUGGUGGGACUGCACAACAAUGCUGCCAUACACGAACGAAACUGCUUUCGAGAACUCGCUGCUGGUGCAGAAUUCGGGUGAAUUGGCCCUCUCCUCGAUGCGCAGUGUGUUCUCAUCGCUAACGACCAAUUCGCGUGGCAUUUACAUGCUGAUUGUUAAGUACCAAUUGAAGAACAAGGGCAACGCCACGUACCAGGGCAUGCCGUUCAGGGACCUCUACUCGAGUUGUCGCGAAGCCUUCUUGGUCAGCUCAGAUCUGGCUCUGCGUGCCCAGCUCACCGAGUUCCUCGACCACAAGCUGGUCAAAUCGAAGCGGAGCGUUGAUGGUUCCGAGCAGCUAACCAUUCCCAUUGAUGGCGGACUGCUGCAGCAGUUCCUCGAGGAGCAGGAGAAGAAAUGAGCCAUCGGCGUAAUU